AUGCCUGAGGGCGCAGACACGGCGGAUAUGGCGAUCGCGUUUUAUGGACAGCAGGAUUGCGAGACGUUGGUCGCUGUGGGGAACGUGGAUACGUGCCUAGGACUCGGCCACUGGUCCUCCUACAAAGUCCUCACGCUCGAAGAGGCAGAUGAUCAGCUGACCAACCUCGACGGUGCUGAGUUGCAAAGCCUUUCUGUCAAUGCCACCGUUACGGCGAGUUCGGGGCAGGGACUUUCGAGUGAGACGGCUUCUGCGACGGGAACCACGACCGCGGCGACGACGAUGACGACGAGUGCGCCAAUGAUGAGAAGAGAGAGAAGAGAGAGAACCGAGAGGAAGACCAAGAGAGAAGUAGAGGAUAGAGAGGCUAGAGAGAAAGAUGGCAAGACCAAAAAAAAGCGUGGCAGAAUCAGUCAUGGAGAUACGAUGGAAUUUAAUGGCCGCCAAUAUCGCUAUCAUCAGCUUUCUGCGAGGACGUGGCGAGGCGUACCCAUCGAGCGCUGGGACGCUGGUCUGCAUAAACGCAACACGCAGCCGCUGCCUCAUCACCGCUCUCGCCCCCUAAGUCACGAGCAACAACACCAGCAGCGUAGUAGCUUUCCCAGCCGUGACGCUGACAUCGCUCUUUUGUCGCCAGAUUCAGCAACCUCAGCGCCCGAAACGUCAGGGUUGAGGAAGAGAGCAGGCAUAGAUGCAACGAAAUGCAAUCUCGUCCGCUCCUGCGCGCUCAAGACCCCGAGCUCAGCGAACUUCUUGAUCCGUGACGUCGGAGAUGACUUGAUGACGUCGAUCGCGACGCAUAGCGCUGAUGGGAACGAUUGGACCUUUUUGGAGCACCCCUUUGUCGUCGAGAUCAUGAACACGGAGGGGGGAAGUGAGGGCUACGUGUACGCGCAGACGGAGAAUCAUUCUGAUGUCAAGGACUGCGCUACUGCGGAUGGUGCUAUGGUGAAGAGACAGGACUCCACCACCACGACUGCGGUGAAUGGCACCCAACCCCAAUCGCAGAAAUCAACAACCACCACCACUGUCAGCGGUGAUGGCAACCACGAAAGACAAAUCCUAACCUCCGCACUAAUCGAAGGCGUAGGCGGGAGUGAAGUCAGCGAUCUAAGAGUCGAUUUGAAGAUUAAUAGUCUGGGCACGGAUGGAGCGACUAAUAGCUUGUUUGUGAGUACGCGGAGCGCGGGCACGGGGGAGAAGGAGGGGGUUAUACAUGUGGCUUGUAUUGGGGUUGAGGUGUUCUUUUAG